GGAGUUGAUCCCAUCGGCUCUCGAGCUCUCUCUCACGACAGCAUCUUCAUCCCAGAGGAGCCGGUGACCGAGGCCGGUCUGGAUCACAGCAUGUCGCAGGAAAACGUCUCAGAUAAAGUCAGGAAUCUGCAGAGGCAGAUCGCACAGGGUAUCAAGUUUGGCCAGAGGCCUCCCUGUCUAAGGAAAAGUGAAGGAGAUGAGGAGAGUUCAGAUGAGGAAGAGGUUCCGCGCAGUCCUCUGAAGGUGUUGGCUCAGGUGGAGUCUGAGCCGGCAAACACAGAGACAAAGGUAAAGCACAAACAUUAUUCACUUUUCAGAUGACAUUUUAAAGGCAAA